UUGGGUGAAGAAUUAUUCAACUACCAUGAAGGCUCCGCUGUUAUUGCCGAUAUCGUACCUGGUGGACUUGAGGCCUUCCAGUCGCUAGAGGGAGGAGAAAAAGCCUGCCGACGCAAGCAGGCCAUCGAAACCAUCAGAAGAACGUCAAUCGAAACGGGAAAGAUUGCCGUCGUCACCGGGCAUUUUAUGUUUUACUCUGAGCAAGGUGCCCUGGAAACGGUCCUCACAGAGAGCGACCUUGAGGUCUUUACACACAUACUGUAUCUGGAUGAGUCCGCCAACGUAGUGUGGCAGCGGCGCCAGCAGGACACGCAAAAGUACAGGGUGGAGCUGCCUGUUCGCGCGAUUCAGCAAUGGGUUGAGGCCGAAAGAACGUCUUUGCGUCAGCUUUGCUACGACCACAGUAUCCUGUUCUGUCUGGUGCGAUCGGAGAAUGUUGCUGGUAUAAAACGUCUUUUGUUGGACUUUCAAAAGCACGACGAGAUCUACAACUUGAGCGUCGCGAUGGACUCUCUUGAUGCUUCCUUACGCUUUAGUCAUACCAAUUCGAUCGACACUUUCCUAGUCCUGGACGGGGACAGAACCUUGACUGCUGGAGAUACUGGAGACAUGUU